GAAUGGGAUGGUUACUCCUGGAAAGACUGGGAGGACGACAAGAGCUGGACAUCCAGCAGGUCAGCCAGCCGGUCCUCUACCAAGUAUCGACCGGAUGGCCCACAUGCGACGUCCAAUCAGCAACAGCCUAUCAAAAAGGGCAAAGGGAAGCACAAGGGAGCUGGAAAGAAAGGAGCUGUGAAAGGGAAUUUCCAAGGACAGAACACCCAAGCGGAGAUGGCAUCACCCUUCCAGCCGGGAGAGGGCUUUGCGCCUUGGGCACCAAUGGAUACCUCGCAGUUUGCGGAUCAGAUUGAUGUGUUUCUUGGUGAUGAUGAUGAGGUAAAUAUGAGCUGCGAUCAGGUAACGCAGGCCGCCAUUUCCAAUUGGCGUGACAAGCCUUGGAGCAGAAGACGCAUCCGACCUAAACAUUCGUGUUUAUCCAUCUCUGUGGCACCGCUGUCCGAAGUGGCCGUGUCGAGCCGGGAUUUGGAUUCCAGUUUUGAUGCAUUGCUACUGAUGCAGACUGUACAGAUGAAACACGAUAUCCAUACUGAGCAAGAAACCAAUCUUUUGGACGCUUUAGGGGAAGGUCAAACAAACACUGAGCGCUUGAUCCAUGGGGACCAUGACCCAGAUGGUCUUGAUGCUUCAUCAUUGGACGAUCCUAGUCCCUCCGCUAGCUCUGGGAUCCAGAAUGGUCUGGGUAUUUCGAUGCAAGUUUUGCCUGAACAGAUUCCAACACAUGAUGUGCCGUUGCAAGAUGUCACGAAUCUUGUACAGAUCGACCUGAAUAAGCCUGUGGUAAAACAUCGAUCUGAAAGCAAAGCUAUUGAAGUUUCUGCACAUGACAGCGCCCCGCAAUGUAGCUUUACGGAUGAAUUUCUUGAGGCCAUCUCUGCUGCCGAAGAAGCGGCUAGGAUGGAACCACAAGACAUGCCUGCUCAUGAUGAAGCUGCGCUUUUCAAUUUGCCUGAAGCAUUCAGAGUUUUGUUGGAUAGCUUUGCAGAGGAAGAAAUCUCAUCGCCGGCACACUUGCCACGCACCCGUAGAGUUGAAAGUUGGUUUCUGGAUCAUGUUAGCUUUGACCGUUGCCAUGCUUCACGCAUUUCCUUGCUUUCUGAUGAUGUGAGGACUUGGAAGCUUACGCUCACUGAAACGUGGAGAGACAAGAUCAUUGACAAUGCAGACAUCAAUUUUCAUUUGGUCAACCCUGAAACUGAGGAUGCCGCGGCAGGAAUCAUUGGACAGCUUGUGCUUUCUCAGAGGGUUACACAUGAUCUUAGGUCAGCUGUGCUUUCGGUGUAUGAUUCGGACCCCGACAUGGAACGGUCACCACAUACCUUUGCCUUAGUUUUGCCUAGGCAGGCUAAUCUAGAACGGCUUCUGGUAACGCUACAUCUUACACUUGAUUGCCCGCCUGAAAAUCGAAGAAAUCAUUGCAGCUGGUGGUUUGGUCGGAUACCCAUUGAUGAAGCGCAUGUGGUGAAUGUCCACAUGGGGCAUGCUUUUCGUCUUAUCAUCAGCCGUGGAGUGCCCAUCGACCUUACGAGUCUGCUGAAUAUGGAUGAUGUUACGUUGCGUGACACAUUGCAGCGAGCGAUCUCACCUGAGAUUCUCAUUCGACCGGUUGAAGUUCACAUUCUCUUCCACCAAGGGCUUACUGAGGAUUUGUUUGCGGUCUUGAUCACACUACGUGGUGUUGAGCCAGAUGACUUAGCGAUGUCGCUACCGAACCCAACCUUACCACCACGUUCACGGCCAGUUCAUGAUGGGGAGUUUGAAUGGAUUCGUAUUGAACCUGUGGAAGAGACAUCAGACGGCAAUGAGGUCCAUGCUGCAUCAGCCACCUGGGAAGGUGAUACGCGCUGGCCUGUUCGGGAUGGUGAUUGCUUUGAUGUCCAGAUCACUAGAGCAUUUCUGCCCGCUGACUGGCGACCCCCAUUUGCGCCACAGGAAAGUGUGAUGCAACAGUUUGAGGAUGCUCAACUCCACAUUUUCGCUUUGCAAGAAACUCGAUUGAAGCGGCAAUAUGGUAUCUUGAUUGGAUUGGCUCGACACCGGCCGAUUGGUCACCUUUACAAGAAUGGGGUUGUGCAGAAAGUCUUCUUUGCACAAGACGAUGCGGCAGUUGUAGAUGAUUUGACGUCGCUGUUUGAUGCCUGGCAGACCGAACGAUCUCCUUGGAAAUCGCAAGUUAGGGCUGUGGCUAAGAAGCAUCAGAUGCAGGAAGAACUAGAGAACUGUCGUGCGCAGCUGGUGAUCUCUGACCAACCGGAGUUUGCAAUGGACAAAGGGGCGCUGCUUGGGGAUGCACUAUCAGAUGCUACUCAGCAAUGGUUUUGUCGCUAUUUCCCUAGUGGCCCAUCUGAGGCGGCCAAGCAGGAGCUGAUUGACACUUGGAUCCAGAUCCUUUGUAUUGACUUUGGAGAAAAUAAUCCCUUGUGGGAUAAUUGGCUGGCCUUUGUCUUUCUUGCUUGGGGCGAUCACUGGCUUCCUGACAUUAUAGCUGGAUUUGUAGACGGCGAGGCUGAGCAGAUCGUUGACGAACUGUAUGCAGAUUUUGCUACUGAGUUACCGAGGUAUCAAGUGCUUAGCCGAAUUGCCUUUCUGGAAUCCAGCUUGAGACAUUGUGUUGAAACCCCACCUGCCCCGCAUCGACCUGUCCAGAUUGAGCAUCCUGGCCUGAAGCACCCCAAGACUAAUUCUCGGGUGCGGCAGCCUAUUGAAAGAGCUUAUGGCUCCCAAGAGUAUUGGCUCCAGCAUCUACGGGAGCCGGAGGAACUGGAUGCAUGGAUUGAUUGUGCUGCGAAGGCCGGUGCUGCAAUCCGAGCCAAUGCACAGAGGCUCCCUGACUUCCA